AUGCAGAACGCCACAUCGUCAACGAGUCCUCCAGCUAAGGAAGACGCAUCACCAAGUGUUACUGCGGUCCCUGCACCUGUACCACCUGCGCGCACGAAAAAAAAAAAGGUCACCGAUCUUCGUUGUUUUGAGGUACGAUGGUUCUAUAGAAAAAAUGAGGUCGACAAAUGGAUUAGUUUCAACGGAAGAGAUUCACUCUGUCUGGAGGCUAAAUACAGAUCUGUGUUCUGUAUUCCCCUCGACGACCAAAUGACCGUAGAACUUCUCGAGCAGGGUUUCACUUUCGGACAAACAGUAGUAGUGCUUGAUGGGCUCUACAAAGUGAAUCAUGAUCUCACGAAAGUGGAUUCUAUUUAUUGGAAGGGAGAUUCCUGUGACAUUCGCAGGGGUACAUGGUUCAGUCAGGACUGGCAACCAUUAGAGCCACCUAUUGCUGAUGCAAUUGAGUCCCAUCAUUUACAAUAUUUCCGAGGACAGACAAUUCCUGAAGGAACAACAGUUUUCUCAGCGAAAGAAGCCAGCAACAAACCACAACUCACCGAGCUGCAUUUGGAAGGUAUGGAGAUCAGAUGGAGCUCUGUCAUUGAUGUUUUUCUUUCUUUCAAAAGAGGAGCAAUUCUCAGAUAUAUCGGAUGGGGUAAAAGUCAAGCGCUUCGACGCGGUUUUCAGAAGGAGGCGGAAUUGGAUGAUGGUCCAGCUGAAGUUGGCCACUUGAUUCUUGUUGUUCAUGGAAUAGGUCAAAAAGGAUAUGAAAAUCUAAUAGCGGAAAAUGCUCAGCAAGUCCGUGAUGCUGUUGUAAGUGCCAUGGAACGCUGCUACCCUGAGGAAAAGACCCGUCCGAUGUUUUUACCAGUAGAAUGGAGAUCGGCGCUAAAGCUAGAUGAUGGCGUUACUGACGUCAUAACUCUUCCCAAAAUGAGUUCUAUGCGAAAUGCUCUCAAUAGCACUGCAAUGGAUAUUAUGUACUACCAAAGUCCCCUAUAUCGUAAAGAAAUCGUUGGUGGUGUUGUUCGACAGUUGAAUCGCAUAUAUUCUCUUUUCACCGAAAAUAAUCCGACCUUUUGUGGUCCUGUGUCGAUAUUUGCACAUUCUCUUGGAUCUGUUAUCACUUACGACAUUCUACUUCAUUGGUCACCUUUUCUACUGUAUGACAAAUAUGUUACCCAUGCGAUGGACCUCCACUUAAAAGAGUGUACGGAUGUCUCGAAUAUUGAAGCUCUUAAAGCUUUUCAACAAGCUAGAGACUUGCUAUACGAGAAAAUUGACGGUGGUAUCAACAAAAUGUUGCAACACAAUGACGAAGAACUUCAGUUUAAGGUAAAAUACUUGUUUGCUAUCGGAAGUCCCCUGGCUGUCUUUUUAGUAAUGCGCGGUGCAACGUAUUCGGAUCUUCUUCCAACUAGAAUGAAUGUCGAACGCAUCUUCAACAUAUUUCAUCCCUACGAUCCCGUUGCUUAUCGACUAGAGCCGUUAUUCAUAUCGGAAUAUCGCCACAUUCGACCAGUAAAGCUCUUUUCCAGCAAUGACUUGAGAGCUCGGAACUCAUAUGACGAAUUACCGCUGGAAGUAUACAAGAGCUACCUUAAAAAAAUCAAGAAUGAAAAUAAGUCAAAAAAGAAUAAAGGGGACCAUAUUGAAAAUUCAGAUUUUUGUACAACUAACUCUCUUAGAGUUUACUGUAGUAAAGAUUCGGCAGACACAAGAAGUGGUGGUGAUGAUGACAUUGAUGAUGAAGAUGAGUGUGAUUCUGACUUUGAUGCGAAAAGUGGAUGUUCUUCUCCCAGAUGUCUUACUCCUCCUCCCCCAGCAGAUUCAAAUUCUGUGGAAAAACCUGCAAAAAAAGGAUGGUUUUCAUCAUUCACAGCUGCGCCUAAGAGAAACGUUCGUGUGGCUUCCACCUCGGAACUACCCGUAGAGGUCGCUAAAGAAGCCGAGGCGGAACUUCCACUUCCUGAACGUCUUCUAGGAAGUGGAACACGACCACCACAUCGCAUAGAUUUCCAACUACAGCCAGCAUUAACUGACAAGAGUUACUGGUCCGUGUUGAAAAGUCACUUCAGUUAUUGGACCAACGCCGACUUGGCUUUAUUUAUGGCUAAUGUACUUUUUGCGAAAUCAAGCCUCAAUAAUGAAGAGAAUAGGGAUGGACUCCCUGUUUCUGCUGAGCCAGGACUGACUCAUGACAUCCUUGUAUCCCGCACGUCGUUCCGGCCGAAAGCCUGCAAUCAAGUGACUGGGAGGUGCAAGGGAGGCGGUUUGGAGUCGCUUCCAAGAAAUAAGCUCCACAUGUCCACUCCGGGAGAACAGAAGAAAGAGUCUCCUGAUUUCGGAGGAAAGCCUGGUACGGUUGCGCCAGGUAGGACGGGGUUGCAGGAGUCAUACAGGCUACCGAAACGGAAAGGGACUAAGAUGGCGAUCUGUACUUAUAACGCACGUACGCUUGCAGCGGAAGCGGCCAUCGAAGAUCUGAUGAUGCAAGCCAAGAAGAUCAAGUACGACGUCAUCGGACUGACCGAAACGAGACGACGUCACCCUCUUAACGUCGUAUAUGAAACUGGGGAAGAACUGUCCUUAGAAACAUGCGACAGUAGAGGUGUUGGUGGAGUUGGCGUCCUCGUCAACCCGCUUUCGUUUCUACGCUGUCGAAGGUUUUCUCGUAGUCGACGAAGGUUAGAACAAUGGGCAUUUAACAUUCAACAGAUUCGCAUUUAA